CGGCGAAGUUGUGCGUCCUGGCCGGGGUCAGAGGUUGGUUCGUUCAGCCUGCUCUGACUGUAGGAAAGUCAUUGCCAGAAAGGAGCGUAGAAGGACAGUUCUGAAAAGAUAAACAAAGGCACGUGUGUAUAAACUCGACGGAUCCUUGUGGAGUUUUUCAACGGCUGCAGCUAGUUAGCUGCUUUUUUUUAACAGCCACGAGAGGCUAAAGCCAAACGGCAUCUGAAGCGUGAUGCAUCUGGAGCGGGACAGAACAAGCUCUGCCCUGCACAGACUACAGGCAGAUUCAGUCCCCCCGGACAUGAUGAGCACCGGUCUUCUGCAGGGCCUCCUACAGACUGCUAGGCCUCGUUUCUUUUACUUUCUGCUCCCCAGGGUCUACGCAGAUGAUGUGGCUGCUGCACAGAUGCCUUCCUCCUCCACUAGUCCUAACCCUGUACCCGUGCCCCAGCUCAGCACCCUGCCAAGGAACAUUGGCAAGCCAGAAUUUCCAGACACAGGAUGGGAACGCAUCAAGGAGCUCUUCAAUAGAGAUGAGACCCAGAAGUACCCCGAGGAGCUCACCGCUGUGAUAAAAUGCGGCUUCAUCGGCGCGAUUGUAGGCUUCAUCUACGGCGGCCUGCCGGCUGCGCGCUUCGCCAGGCAGAGGUACAUCCAGACCAGCCAGGCAGAAAUGUACACAAGUCGAGUGGAAGCAGUGCGCUCAGCUCAUAACGCCGCCAUCCGUGGCUUCAUCCGAUACGGAUGGAGAUGGAGCUGGAGAGUGUCUUUAAUCGUCACUGCGUUCAGCUCCGUCAGCACAGGACUGUCGGUGUACAGGGACAAAGAUGCUCUCAGUCAUUAUGUUGCAGCUGGAGCUGUCACAGUAGGCCUUUUCAGACUGAACCUGGGCCUGAGAGGGCUGGUGGCAGGGACCGUCAUCGGAGCUGUCCUGGGGAUUCCGGUUGGUGCUUCGGUGAUCGGCUUGCAGGCCCUGGCAGGCGAAACCGUCCGUGAGAGGAGGAGGAGACAGCGAAGAGAGCUGUACGAGCACAAGCUAGCAGAAUGGACGGCCCGUCUGCAGAUGACGGAUGACUUGAUUUCCAAUCUGAAGGUGAGUUCUCAGGCAGCAGAAACCAGUAAGGACAUGCAGAGGAUCCAGGAGCUGCUGAGUUUACCACCGAAUGAGGACAAGGACUCGAGCAGCCGGUGAGAGCGGCUGCUGUCGCGGACAAUGAAGGUGGGAUUUUCUAGCUGUGAGGAUACCAUCUUUACCCCGAUUCCACGUCUUCUCUGGCUGAAAGGAGAGAAAUUCACUUCAAGAUUUCCAGACUCUGCUGUUUGAAACUAGUUCAGCACCAAACUGGGACAGAAUCUAAAUAUGGAAGAAAAUCUGAUGGUUUGAAAAUCAUUGAAGUCUGUAUUUAAUUUAAAAACAAGAUAUUAAAUAUGAGGAUAAAGAAAUCUUAAGGUUUCAGCUGCAGCCAGUUUUUACUUUGAGCCGUUCACAAGGAGAAAAUCUUAAGACUCGAUAUUUUAAGUGACCUGGAAUCAGUGCGAGAGUAUCGGGUAUAUUUAUUUCCAAGACGGAGGAAUGUUUUAAUAAUUGCAGACCUGAAAAUCUUCUGCAAGCGUCUGACGACAAAGACGCCGUUUCCUCCUGUAAAAUGUCAUGUGUUACUGUUGGGAAUAAAAUUAAAAUAAUUUCUUUCACUGGAGAAUGUUGAAAACAGACGUUGAAAUGUUUUAUUAUUUCAUGAAAAAUCUGAAUUAGUAUUUAAGUUGAUGUCUCACGUUGUCUGAUGAAGGAUUGAAGCCGACUGGUCUGGACUGCAGGCAGACCAGUUCAGCACCCAGUUCACACUUUUCCUGCAAUCUGAAAUCUGCAAGGUCUCACCUGAAAAAGCCAACAUCAGGCAGGGAACACGUUUAUUAAAACCUUAUAUACCUUUCAGCGUUGAUGGUUGCCAGUUCUGUAAGAGAAGACGGCGGUUUUUCAGGAUCACAAUCUUAUUUGGCUUCUUCUUUGCAUGAUGGGGCUUUAGCUUCUUCUUGCCAGCAUGAGAAAUGUGCAGAAGAUCUUUGCGAUAUGAAGCACCAAUCCUAAUGUGCAUGAUACCAGCUCUACCAAGCAUUGGCACCAAAACAAAUCCAUUCUAGGACUAUAUUACUAAAUCCCAAGACUACUUUGCUGAAUCCUGGAUGAACCGGGCUGCUAUCCUCAUGUGGAAUUAGACAUGUGAGCUCCUUCAGUAAUGUGGUUUUCUUUUAGAGGAGAUAACCAUUUACAAUUUCUACUGGUUCAGGUGAAUUUGCUCCUUCACAGUAACACGCCUGGAUUCCAACACGUCGUAAUCUCGCGUGUCUCGGCUUUCUGUACAGCCUCAGUGGUUGUGAAGAUACACUUUUAUUUAUUUUGUCAGGAAGUAGAAACAUGGGCCUCGUGAGACGAGAUUAACCUGCAAACAGCAUGAAACUAUGUCCACAAUGCCUUCUUGCAGUGUUAGUAAAAGCAGUUUCUGCAGAUUGCUGAACAUCUGUCCAUCUUUGUCUGAGAGACUCUGCCUCUCUAAGGUGCUCUUAUCAUAUCCAGUCAUGUUACUGAUACUGUCGCUGUGAUCAAGCUGCAGCAAACUGAUCGUCUCUUUGCAUCAAACAUCCUUUUUUCUCUUUGAUUUUGAGAAAUUGAGGAAAGUCAAGCAUUUCUGACGUCUUUAAAUAUUAAACGUAAACUCAGAAAAAUGUAGGAGUUUGAAUUCUGAUUUAACACAUCGUUCCAAUGUGGAUAAUUCAGUUUUUUUUUCUUCUUCACCACCAACAUGCCCGUUAUCUGCACUUUGCUUUUCCCUCUUGGGCUUUUCAGCAACUAGGUCAAACAGCAUCGGCCCCUGGUGUAAACAAGAUGUGACUUAGCAACAGCUGGGGCCCAGGAUGCAGCCGACUGCUGAUGUGCAGAUGGACAACCAAUGGAGGGGGGGGGGGGGGGGGGGGUAAACAUUACAAGAAGCUCUUUAUUUCCACAGAGGAACCCACUGAGCCAGUUCCUUUUAAUUGCUUAGCUGUAAUACUCAACUUCCCAAACAAGUGUCUUCAUUUAUUGUUAGCAGGUGCUGAAUAUUAAAAUAUAAAUAAAACUUUUUUUCCCAAUUAAA